AUGAAAAAUUAUAGUUUGAUAGUAAAUAAAAGUUCACCUACUGAUAGUUUUAAGAACCUGAACGUUGAAGAUGAUAGUUCUGAGAACCUGAAUGUUGAAGUUGACAAUGCUGAGAAUCUGAAUGUUGAAAAUGACCAUGAAGAACAGCCAAAAGACAGCCCUAAAAAUACAAGUCACCAUUUACCUCCAGUUCAUAUUGAGUUAUAUUGUGAAAAAACCUUCGAGACAUGGGAUGAAUGUCAGAAAGUAUUAGAACAUUAUGCAAGGCAGAAUAACUUUGUGAUUAGAAAAAAACAUGUCGAUAAUAGCAAUGAUCCAUACCAGCAGACAUGGGAUUGUGAACGGUCGGGUAAAUAUACUCCACGUAAGACUGCACUACCUGAAAAACAAAGAAAAAAGGCUUUUGCCACGGAAUAUUGGAAGCUUACUACAAAAAUGAAGAAACUUAUUGAAAGCUAUACACUUUGUGAUAUUGACAUUCUGUCUCAGGUGAAGUUGUUUCGUGGGUUGUUCUCUGAAGCAACAAUAGUAGAUUAUGAUGUAAAGAACUAUGUUUAUAAGUUUCAUAGAAAUCAUAAAAUAGAAGGUGGUGAUGCUACAAAGCUCCUUCACAUUUUAAAAAAGAGCAUGCCAAAGAUCCUGAUUGAUAUAGUUCUAAAUGAUAACACUACAUUAACCAAUACCUAUAACCUACUAUUAAGCAUUUUUGCUGUAGUCGAUAAUAAUUUCAAAUCGCGGAUCAUUGCACAGGCUGUAUUUCCUGAUGAAACAAGUGAAAGUUAUAGAUGGGUAUUACAACAGACAAUUGAAGCUACUAGAGUCCAGCCUGGCACAUUAAUUAUUGAUGCUGAUCCAGGUCUUGAGAGUGUAGUUCCUAAGGUAUACCCAAAUACCUAUCUUCUUCACUGUGUCUGGCAUAUUGAGCACAAUCUUGAAAAACAAUUGUCUAAACUUCUUGGUGACUACUAUACUGAUUUUCUUAAAGCAUUUUACCAUACCCAAAAUGUUUUAUGCAAAGAAGCAUUUGAGAGGUAUUGGAAACAGUUAAUGAUUGAUUUUCCAGAAUCAACCAAAUAUCUGCUAAGUAAAAAGGUUGAUCUUGAUAAUCUGUAUAAUUUAACGCUAGGCACAGUUGAGAAUGAGCCGAUUGAAAUUGAAUAUGACUUACAUCAAAUAUAUUUUGAGAAGCUUCUUAAAGAAAUUGAUCAUUUGUUAAUAGCUGAAGUUUGGGAAGUUCAUUCUAUUGAGAAUAAGUCAAGUAUUAGACAACAUGUAGUUCUAUUAAAAAAUGGCUUUUAUUUGUGUCACUUUUAUAUUUCUCUUAUUCCAAACUGUUGGUAUAAGGAUAAUAUUGUGGAUGCAUUAGUUGGUAAUGAGCUAUUUGUUAAAUCAAAUGAAUAUGAAGAUUCAGCAUUAAAUACACCAACAGCUGCAAAAGCGAUUGGGCAAAAACAAUCUACAAAAGGAUCACUACUUGUCUUGCACGCAAAUCUACAAAGUACUAAAGACGAUCAAGCUUCAGAAUAUGAGCAAGUAAAUAAUGAAGUUUUGGAAUAUGAUCAGGUUUUAGAAGAAACAAAAAGUGAUCAAGUUAUAGAGCAUGCACAGGCUUCUCAUCUUGAG